CUGUCAUCUGUGGGUGUUGCAAAGGAAAAAGUUUCUCCUCUGGGCAGGCUGCCUGGCCAGCCUGGAGGCUCUCGGCAGCUCCUCGGCAGGCAGCCCUGGGCAGCGGGAGCAGGAUUUUUCUGGGGGAUUAAGGCUGCUCUGACCCGGUGACAGCGGGGAGUGGCUCAGUCAUGGCUUCCAAGCGCCAAGCUUCUUCCUCGAAGCAGCCAGACAGCAGGGAAAAGAAACCCAAAGGGGAAGAGGAGGACGACACCUGGAGCUCCACCUUGGCAACCCUGAAAACUGCUCCCAAGGAGAAGCUGCCCGCCACAAUUGAUGGACUGUGCCCCCUGAGCACAGCACUGGGUGCCCGGGUCUAUGAGGACUAUGACUGCACCCUGAACCAGACCAACAUCAGUGCCAACAACAACAAGUUCUACAUCAUCCAGCUCCUGGAGCACGAUGGUGCCUAUAGUGUCUGGAGCCGCUGGGGCCGCGUGGGAGAGGCAGGCCAGUCCAAGCUCAUGCCCUGUGCCUCCCUGGAAGCUGCCAAGAAGGACUUCGAGAAGAAGUUUCGAGAGAAGACCAAGAACAGCUGGGCAACAAGGGAGAACUUUGUUGCCCACCCAGGGAAGUACACACUCAUUGAGGUGCAGCCAGGGGCUGGGCAGGAGAUGGAGGCUACACUCAGGGUGGAUGCCGUGGAUGGGGACAAGGUCUGCAAGCAGCGGGUGCUGCCCUGUACCUUGGACAGAGCCACACAGGAGCUGGUGUCCCUCAUCUUCAGCAGUGACAUGUUCCGGGAUGCCAUGCAGACCAUGAAUAUCGACGUGAAGAAGAUGCCUCUGGGGAAGCUGAGCAAGCAGCAGAUCGCACGGGGCUUUGAGGCACUGGAGGAGCUGGAGGCAGCGCUGAAGGAGCAGCCCCCCCAGGCCACUCGCCUGGAGGAACUCUCCUCACGCUUCUACACCAUCAUCCCACACAACUUUGGACGGGCACGGCCACCCACCAUCAACUCCCCUGACCUGCUGCGUGCCAAGAAGGACAUGCUGUUGGUGCUGGCUGACAUUGAGGUUGCACAGAGCCUGCAGGCACAGAAAGAGAAGGAGGAGGAGGAGGAGGAGGAGAAAGAAGUUGCCCAUCCACUGGAUCAGGAUUAUGCCCUGCUGUGCUGCCAGCUCUCCCUGCUUGACCCAGCUUCCCGGGAAUACCAGCUGAUCCAGACCUAUGUGAUGCAGACUGGGAACAAACCCCACAUCCUCAACAUCUGGCAGGUGGCCCGAGAUGGUGAGGAUGAGCGCUUCAAGGCCCAUGACCUCCUGGAGCACCGGCGCCUGCUGUGGCACGGCACCAACGUGGCAGUGGUGGCGGCCAUCCUGAAGAGCGGGCUGCGCAUCAUGCCCCACUCCGGCGGGCGCGUGGGCAAGGGCAUCUACUUUGCCUCAGAGAACAGCAAAUCAGCCUGCUAUGUGGGCCGUACAUCUAAGAAUAUUGGCAUCAUGUUCCUGACGGAGGUGGCCCUGGGCAAGCCCUACCGCAUCACCUGCGAUGACCCCACGCUGUGUCAGCCCCCUGCUGGCUAUGACAGUGUCCUGGCCUGUGGCCAGACAGAGCCGGAUCCAGCACAGGAUGAAGAGGUGCUGCUGGAUGGCAAGAAGGUGCUGGUGUGCCAGGGCAAGCCCAUUCCCAUGCCUGCCUACAAGGACUCCUCCUUCAGCCAGAGUGAGUACCUCAUCUACAAGGAAAGCCAGUGCCGGAUCCGCUACCUUGUCCAGCUCCGCUUCUGAGGGUGCCUGGGAGCACCACGGCCCUUGCCCAGCACCAGGAGGUGACACCCAUCAGCCCGGAGCACAGUGAUCUGGACUCCCUGGCCAUCCCACCAGGGGCUUGGCAAGGGACAGGCUGGCAUGGGGACUGAGCUUGCUUUGACUGUGAAUAAAAGCACUGUGCCUUGCACUGGGUGGUGCUCUCGCUCUCCUGCCCAGCAAGGCGGGUGUGCUGUAGGGAAGGGUGUCAGUGGGACCCUGAAGGGAUGGCAUGGGUGGCUUUUGAGGGGCUGAAGCCUUCAGAUGAAAGCUGGUGUCUUUGAGAGCCAGCUGCUCUCAUCAGCUUAGCAAGGCACACGGCUCAUGCCCACCCUGUGGUAUCAGAGCUACAGAGGGUGAGAAAGAUCUGAUGCCCUGCCUGGGCAUAGAGGAAUUCAUCCAUCCAUCCUGAGGGCGAGUGACUGCCCUCCCUCUAGUGCCAUGCCUCAUGCCAUGUCUGCUGUCCUGCCCCCAGCCUGGCACCCAUGCCAAGCCCUUCUUUGUGCUCACGUGUGUCCCUUGAGCACAUAUCCGGGUGCUCAGGCUGCCAGGGAAGCGCAACUCCCAGCUGUGUUACCCUGAUGCCCCGGGUAUCGGUCACCCUGAUACCCUGUGCCAGCGGAGAUGAUUUGCUCCAGACCUGCCUGUAGCUCCGUCCCUCGAGCCCAAGGAACUUGAGGGCUGAGGUGUUCCUGUGGAAGGACCAGGCCUGGUGCAGUGGGUGGCCAUUCUGGGGGGGCAUAGGGCUCAGGAACCCCGAUCCCCCCUUCCUGAGCCCCUGCCGGCUGCUAGGACCCAGCAGCUGUCCCCGUGGGACUGCCACGGGUGCAGGCAGUGCAGGCAGUGCCGGGAGUGACAGCUGGUGCCAUCCGCAGCUGGCGGGCUGCAGGCAAACAGGAUGACGAGCGGGUGACGGGAGCGGGGACGGGCGAGCGUGGCCU